AAUGUAAAAUAAAGAAAGCACUGAAUAGUAGAAUUAUUUAACAAAUUUAGCGAUCACUUAUUUAAAUUAUUACUUAUUGGUACUAGUGGAGUAGGAAAAUCUUGCAUGUUAAUGAGAUAUGUCGAUAAUAAUUUUACAAACAAUUUUUAUAACACAAUAGGAGUGGAUUUUGUAAUUUAUUAUUUUAACAAUUAGAAAAUCAAAUCGAUAUUCUUAGAGAAUAAAAAUAUCAAGUUGUAAAUUGUAAAAUUAUAUUUCAUUUUCUUAGUGGGAUACAGCAGGUUAAGACAGAUUUAGAACGAUCACAUGUAGUUAUUAUCGGUAAUAAUUAUUUUAAAAAUAGUGGAGCACAUGGGAUAAUUAUUGUUUAUGAUAUAACAGACAGAGAAUCAUUUGACUCUGUGAAAAUGUGGAUGUCUGAAAUUGAUAAGUAUACUAAUUAAAUUUACAUAGAUAUGCUCAAGAAGAUGUGAUAAGAAUGUUAGUUGGAAACAAAUGUGAUAUGGAGGAUAAAAGAGCUGUAUCAUAUGAAGAGGGUGAAGCAUUAGGUAACCAAUUUUAUCAAUUUAAGCAAAACAACUGAAAUUAUAAUUUAUAGAAACAUCAGCUAAAUUAUCAACCAAUAUUGAAUAAUCUUUUUUGACAAUUGCAAAAAAUGUUUUAGAAAAAAGUUAAAAUUCUAUAAAAGCAGAAUCAGGCUAAAAUAUGAAAAUAGGAUAGAUUACAUCAACUUAAGUAAUUGGCAAUACAAAUAAAAAAAGUUCACAAUGUUGUUGAA